CGACGUCUCCCCUACGCUGAACACCUAUUGGCUGAUGGGAGCGGGAGGGGCGUGUCCCGGCAGGGGCGGUGGCCAAUGGGCUACGAGUCCUGUCGGGGUCAGGCGGGAGCUGGAGGCGGUACCGCACCAACCAUGGUCCCCUUCCGCAUCCGCCCGUACCGGGACAGCGACUACGCCGCCGUGCGGGAGGUGUUCGCGGCCGGGAUGAGCGAGCAUGCGCCGGCGCUGUGCCUGCACGUGCUGCGGCGGCCCUGGGCGCUGCUGCUGCUGGCCUGCACCUUCUGCCUGCUGCUGGCGAGCGCGCGCUCGCUGCUGCUGCCGCUGCUGGCGCUGGCGCUGGUGCUGGCGCUGGGGCGGCACAUCCUGGGCUGCGCUUGGGACGCCUACAUCCAACGGUGCCUCGACGCCGACCUGCGCGACAUCGCCGCUGCCUACGGCCCCGGUGCCGGCGCCCGCUUCUGGGUGGCCGAGGCGGACGAGCGGGUGGUGGGCACGGUGGGCGUGCGGCCGGCGGCGGCGGACGGAGGCGGUGAUGGCGGCGACGGGGAGCUGGUGCUGAAGCGGAUGUCGGUGCGGCGCGGGUACCGCGGGCAGGGCAUCGGCGCGGCGCUGGGCAGGGCGGCGCUGGCGUUCGCGCGGCAGCGCGGCUGCCGGGCCGUGGUGCUCAACACGCUGAUGGUGCAGCACGAGGCGCGAGCGCUCUACGAGCGCCUGGGGUUCCGCCGGCACCGCCAGUACGUGCUGCCAACCGUCUACGGGCACCUGGCCAACUGCACCAUCACCACCUACCGCUACGAGCUGGGCAGCGACGAGUCGGCACCGGCGCCGCCCCGGGAGCAGGCAGCCAUGGAGUGA